UUCAUUUAAUAAAAGAAGACGAACGUAGAUAUUUAUGAGAUGAGAUGACAAGUGUCGUAUGCCAUGGCUCAAAAUCAACACUUAAUCCAAACUGCUGUCAUUCUCUUCCCCCUUCCCUAUUUUCUUCCUUUCUCUCCCUCCAAAACCAAAAGCUUUUUCCUUUGUACUCUGUUUCCUCUCUCCAUCAAUAUUUACUAGCCUUCUCUCAGCUGCCAUGGCAGUGGCAGAAUUUACUCCUUCCUCUUCUUCAUCUAUAAUUAAAAAGACUAGUCUUUACUCUUCACAACUUUUCUAUGUAUCAACUCAUCAGAAGCGUCGGUUCAGUCUUAGGCCUCUCCAAAAAACCCAUUAUGCUAAUAUAUGUUGCUCUGUUACUUCUAAUGAAGUUCAAGCACCAGUGGUCACUAAUGACCUAAAGAAGAAACCUGAAUGCUUUGGUGUUUUCUGUCUCACUUAUGAUCUCAAAGCUGAAGAAGAAACAAGUUGUUGGAAGAAGUUGAUAAAUGUCAGUGUUUCAGGUGCUGCUGGGAUGAUUGCUAAUCAUCUUCUUUUUAAACUUGCAGCAGGUGAAGUUUUUGGGCCUGAUCAGCCAAUAGCAUUAAAAUUAUUGGGGUCCGAGCGGUCAAUCCAAGCCCUUGAAGGAGUUGCUAUGGAACUAGAAGACUCCUUGUAUCCUUUGCUUAGGGAGGUCAGCAUAGGUAUAGAUCCUUAUGAGGUGUUCCAGGAUGCUGAAUGGGCACUUCUCAUAGGAGCAAAGCCCCGAGGCCCCGGAAUGGAACGAGCUGACUUAUUGGAUAUAAAUGGCCAAAUCUUUGCUGAGCAGGGAAAAGCUCUCAAUGCUGUUGCAUCUCGUAAUGUCAAAGUGAUAGUGGUGGGAAACCCUUGUAAUACCAAUGCAUUGAUUUGCUUGAAAAAUGCUCCAGAUAUAUCUGCAAAGAAUUUUCAUGCAUUGACAAGAUUAGAUGAAAAUAGAGCAAAAUGCCAGCUUGCUCUGAAAGCUGGAGUCUUCUAUGACAAAGUAUCUAAUAUGACCAUCUGGGGAAACCACUCAACCACUCAGGUACCAGACUUUUUAAAUGCAAAAAUUAAUGGUUUCCCAGUCAAAGAGGUCAUUAGAGACACUAAAUGGUUGGAGGAAGAGUUCACUGAAAAGGUUCAAAAGAGAGGUGGUGUACUUAUUCAGAAAUGGGGAAGAUCUUCAGCUGCAUCGACUGCUGUAUCUGUUGUUGAUGCAAUAAGGUCUCUCGUUACUCCUACGCCCGAAGGCGAUUGGUUCUCCACUGGCGUGUACACCGAUGGAAAUCCUUAUGGGAUAGCAGAGGGUAUAGUUUUCAGCAUGCCAUGCAGAUCAAAUGGUGAUGGUGACUAUGAACUUGUCAAGGAUGUAAUAAUUGAUGACUACCUGCGAAGCCGAAUAAAGAAGUCAGAAGACGAGUUGCUUGCUGAGAAGAGAUGUGUCGCGCAUCGUACAGGGGAGGGUAUUGCUGUCUGUGAUCUACCAGGGGAUACAAUGCUCCCCGGAGAAAUGUGAAACCACAGAGCCAGGUUAUCAACAGCUUUUGACCUGUCUGUCUGUCUUGCAAAAUGGGCUUAGAUUCUGUGGAUACAAAGCUAAAGGAAAAUGUAAAUUGUAUGCAAAUGAUCUCUGUAAGUAGAACAGAUUUGAUUGCAGUCUACCAAUAUAUAACUGGUUGACUAGGAAAUUAUGUCAGAGGAUAGAAUUGCCAGGGGAAUCCGAAUCGCUACUGUUGUUCGAACUUAUCGUGCUUUUUAGAUUGUAGAAUUGGCAUCCUCACUUGAGCAGAAAAUAAAUGAAGCUUUUUAGACUGAAGAAAGAAGCUUGCUGGAAGAGGUAAUUUCAAGGCCUUCUGAAGCAGUAAUAUCUAAGAUCCAUGUUGUUGGACUUGGACAUACCAGGAAUUACAGUUCCUUUUUCUGUUUUGGCGGGAAACUUUGUAUUCUUUCCAAGUAUUAAGAUCAACUGAAAGACUUGUGUGCAUAUAGUAUUAGAAUUAUUAAAGUGAAAUUGAUUGGUUAUAGUA